AUCAUUGGCUGAUUCCAUGACGCUGUCAGUGGUUACGCCAUUACGUUUUCUUGCGUCCCUGCUUCCUGAAACCCAUCAGUUACAACAAAAUAUACGAUGGCUGGUCACCGGUUGGUACUGGUGUUAGGUGACCUGCACAUCCCCCACCGAUGCAACACCCUCCCAGCCAAGUUCAAGAAGUUAUUGGUGCCAGGCAAGAUCCAGCACAUCCUGUGUACAGGAAACCUCUGCACCAAAGAGAGCUAUGACUACCUGAAGACCCUGGCUGGGGAUGUACACAUUGUCAGGGGAGACUUUGAUGAGAACCUGAACUACCCAGAGCAGAAGGUGGUGACGGUGGGUCAGUUUAAAAUCGGCCUCAUCCACGGGCACCAGGUCAUCCCUUGGGGGGAUAUGGCCAGCCUGGCCCUGCUGCAGAGGCAGCUCGACGUGGACAUCCUCAUCUCUGGACACACACACAAGUUUGAGGCCUUCGAAAAUGAGAACAAAUUCUACAUCAACCCUGGCUCGGCAACUGGAGCUUACAAUGCACUGGAAAGCAACAUCAUCCCUUCCUUUGUAUUGAUGGACAUCCAAGCAUCCACAGUGGUGACGUACGUCUACCAGCUCAUUGGAGAUGAUGUCAAAGUAGAGAGGAUUGAGUACAAGAAAUCUUAAUGCCAGGGCUGAAUGGAUGAGGCAGGGGGUGCUGUCAUUCACUAGGUUUAUUGUUUCAUUCCUUUCUACCUGCAGCUCCAACUACAUCACCACAAUACUAAUGCUGUAACAUAACUGUUUGCUAAUUUAACUCUAAAUAAAUGUAUUUUGUUAUGUCAUCAGCAAUUGCUUGUAUUCGACCCACCAUAUGGUGUCUGCAUAGAAUGCAAUUAGUCACGUGAGUUUGCAGAAUGUUGUUCAAAUUAAAUUCUUGGUGCCACUUUUUUUAUUUUACAUAUUUUCAUGUAAAAUUUUCUGUAAGUAUGUGUAGCUCCAUGGCCUUCAUUUUCUUGUAGUGGGCCUUCUCUCACUCAUUUCCCCCACAAUAAAAAAUGAAUUUGUUCUCAUUA